CUGUUAAGUAACGUAGCGUGUGUGUGUGUGUGCGUGUGUGUGUGUGUGUGUGGUUAUAAAGUUGUUGAGGAAUGGGUGAAAUGAAAAGCGGUCCGUGCUGCAGGCUGAUGAUUCUCAGCCGGUGUUAAUGUUUUGGAGCCGACGCCGGUUCACUGGCACUGGAAGGCGUUUGUCUCGGUUUCACCAUCGGCUGUAACUUUAAAUCUAGUUGUGAGAUAUGACGUCAGAGGGGAAACAUGCAGACACCAUGCUGGACCCUCUGUUCAUCCUGGAGAGUGAGGAAGUGUACAGAAACCCCACUGAAGUGAAGAUGAGUCAGAUCGUGCUGCCAUGCCAUGCCAAUCACUGUGGAGAGCUGAGCGUUGGACAGCUACUGAAGUGGAUGGACUCCACAGCCUGCUUGUCUGCUGAGAGACAUGCAGGUUGUUCCUGUAUCACUGCAUCUGUGGACGACAUCCAUUUUGAACACACCAUAGGGGUGGGAAAGGUAGUCAACAUCAUAGCAAAGGUCAACAGAGCCUUUACGUCCAGUAUGGAGGUGGGUAUAUUGGUGAACUGUGAGGACCUUUACACUGGCAAGCAGUGGAAGGUUUGUCAUGCCUUUGCUACCUUUGUCGCCAGACGAACUGAAGCUGGGAAGGUACAGCUGAAGCAGGUGCUUCCUCGCACACAAACGGAGCAGAUGGAGUACAGCCUGGCAGCAGAGCGGAGGAGGAUGAGGCUCAUCCAUGCUGAGAUCAUUACAGACCUACUGAGCAGCAGCACAGCUCAACUGGGAGAAUGCCAGGAGUACCAGGACGCUGUGCCAGCUGAGCGGACACGAGUGGAGAGUGUGGAGCUGGUGCUACCGCCACAUGCCAACCAUCAAGUCAGUACAUUCGGGGGCCAGAUUAUGGCCUGGAUGGAGAAUGUGGCUACAAUUGCAGCAAGUCGCUUGUGUAACGCUCACCCAACCUUGAGGAGCAUUGACAUGUUCCAUUUUCGUGGCCCGUCUCACAUUGGUGACCGACUGGUACUGAAAGCCAUUGUGAACAAUGCCUUUAAGCACAGCAUGGAGGUGGGAGUGUGUGCUGAGGCCUACCAGGGUGGAGAACCUCUGCGCCAUAUAAAUAGUGCUUUUAUGACCUUUGAGGUGCUGGACGGUGACAGGAAGCCGUGCACGCUGCCACGACUACGACCUGAGCCUGUGGAUGGGAAAAGACGAUAUCAAGAGGCUAUUGCCAGGAAGAAGAUUCGCCUUGAUAGGAAAUACAUUAUCUCCUGCAAGCAAACUGAAGUGCCUGUGUCUGUGCCCUGGGAUCCAAGUAACCAGAUGUACCUGAGCUACAAUAACGUGUCGGCACUGAAACUAAUGGAUACCAGAAACAACUGGGUAUUAACUACUGAGAAAAACAAGGUCAGACUGUACACACUGGAGGAAAACCACAUGCUGUGUUUCAAGGUGGAGAUGCACGUCAGCGUACCGGCAGAGCAGACGUUCCACCUACUGUCAGACCUGACGAGGAGGAAGGAGUGGGACCGGCACUAUGAGGACUGCGAGAUGAUCAACCAAGCGGAUGAAGAAGACACCCUUUAUUGGAUCGCCACACCGUCUGUCAGCAAAGGGGGCAAAGGCCAGGACUUUAUCUUGCUGGCAUCCAGGAGGAAGCCAUGUGAUGCCAGGGACCCAUAUCUGAUCGCUCUGCGCUCUGUCACUUUGCCUACUCACCCUCCCACUGAGGACUACACCAGGGGAGAGGUGCUCUGCGCUGGCUUCACAAUCUGGGAAGAGUCCAGCACUGUCACCAAGAUCACCUACUAUAACCAGGCCACACCGGGCGUCCUCCCCUACAUCUCCACAGACAUCGCUGGCCUCUCCUCCAGCUUUUCCAGCACCUUUUCCGCCUGCAGUCACUUCCUGGAGGCCAACAAGCACAGCCUGGCUGCUCUGCCGCCGUCUGUGCUGUGACACAACAUGGAUUCCCUACGAGGGGAGCAGUGGGAAGGAGCAGGAUCAUCUCACUGUCUUCAUCCCAUUUCACCUCUGCUGUGGAGGUGCUGUGCUCUUGUUACAGCAAGAUUAAUAGGUAUGAAGCAAGUGUGCACAAUGUCUCUGAAUCUCUGAGAUUUUAAUCCUUUUUAAAUUUUAUUAGAGCUAAUAUAUUUGGACAGAGUUUCUGAGCUUUACAAACUUACAGAUCAAUAAAACUUUUUUUGUGUAUUGAACAGAAUCUCAGCAAUCUGUUACUUGAGACAGCCAUGUUUUUAAUGGUACUGCCAGUUUUUUAGUCUAAGCUGAGACGUUUCAAUCAGCUUCUUUUGUUAUAGUUUGUUUUCUACCUCCUAAAUGAAGUAUUAAUCUAUUUGAUUAAGACUUUAAAUAUGAGUACGCCAAGAUGUACAUUUAGUGUGUAAUGAUGCUGUUUUAUUUUGACAAUGUAUAGUUUUAGAGGACAACUCUUGCACUUGCACUGAUUGUAUGAUAUGUUGACAUUUUAUGGCCAAGAAUCUCACAUGUCAAGCUGUCUUGAUUUUAACUGAAACAAUAAACACAAUAGAAAAGUG